ACACAUACAAAUACACACAAGGUGCAAACACGCUCACAGAAACACAGGACAGAAUGGAUUCAGAGUUCUCUGACAUUCUUAAACAAAGUUAUGUGAAAAUCCGGAGAAGACAUUUUUGGAUCUAUCAGAGGUGCUGGCUUGUGUUUAAGAGAGCUUCCAGCAAAGGCCCAAACAGACUGGAGAAAUUCCCAAAUGAGCGAGCCUCCAACUUCCACUGCCAUCAAAAGGUGAUAGACUUGAAAGAUGUCACUGAUGUCACUAGACCAUCAAAAGAGAAGAAGAAGAAUGGUUUGGUUUUGACUUUCGCUGAUGACAGCACGCUAGCCUUUACCUGUGACUCAGGAGGCCCUGUGCGUGUUAUCUUUAUUGUCCCUUCAGAGCGCUUCCGUGUGUGUCUGCUACCUUGCAAGGGUCUGAUGACGUCGGGCGAGUGCGUUUUGCAGGUGGGCCCGGAGGCCAUCUCUCUCUGGGACUCGCGGAACCCCAGUCUCAAAUGUGCAUCCUGGCCUCUGACGUCGCUGAGACGCUUUGGACGGGACCGCACUUGGUUCACGUUUGAGGCGGGCCGUAUGUGUGAGACAGGAGAAGGCCUCGUCAAGUUCGAGACAAUGGAAGGAGAGGCAAUCUAUCAGCGAGUGCGUGCGGCUGUGCAGUCCAUCAUAAAGCAGCAGGACUGCCCCCUCAGGUAGCCCUGUCCACCAGCUUACCUGUCUGCUCAGGUGAGCCUCAGGUGUGCCCUCCCACCUGUCAAUCCCCUGUAAAUUGUUUUGGCUUCAAGCUCUCAAGAGAGUGUGCUGA